AAAACCCACUCCGUAGGUUUUUUGCCGGCGCGCUAGUGGAGGAGUUUCGCUUGCGGCGUGAAAUUCAAUACAAACCAUUAAAUGUUCGUACAAGUGCAUUUUCCCGGUAUUGCAAUCACUCAACGUGUGGGUUUGUAGUGUUUUGUGAUUCUUUUUCAUCUUGUUUGGAUUCGCAUAAAUGAAAACAAAACGUCGUAGUAUGCGCUGACCAUUUUCAGUGUUGGCCACUGAAGCGAUGUCACUCGGGAUGUACACUUUUUUGUAGUGCAGUUUCUGGUACCCGCUUCUAGAAUAACUUUUCAUAAUUAUAGUAGAGCCAGUAAAUUUUAGAAAUUGAUUAUAAGAAUAGUUACUAUAAAGAUUGACCCACCCUAGCGCACCGAAUGAAUGAACCGGAGUACCGCACCACGUCUCAAGCGAAUAAAAUCCUUUCGCUCUGCUGGAACUUGGGAACUUUAGCCGCAGCCUACUAUGACAUUGACCAGAUGGAACUGUUCGCCAUUCAGCAGGCGGCUGAACCGAGACCCCAGUUUGCGUUGGUUAGAAACUUGAUCCGCCAGUAUAGCCCCGUAUUUCAUUUAGUCUCCGGUUCACGAGAGUUUAUUGAAGAUAUUCCCGAAAUUUUAGAACUUCCGGAUUGCAUCCGAUUGCAACAACUCGGAACGGGCAUAAUUAGACCAUUCGAAAAGGCCCGCAUCUGUGAUUUUGGCCCCAAGGCAAUCAAAGCUAGUUUCACGAAAAUUAUCGCAUCGAACCUACCGGGAAUGCCACCGCGGGCAUCCGAUCCCGAACGGCGACUCUUCUGGGAGAGCGUAUUACCCUUCAAACAGGAAUUGCUCAUUCACGCUGUCGCCUGUCUGUUGAAGCUGCUUGACGCCACGGAGGUUGAUGGAUAUGCGCUGACCAGAAUCAACGUACUUGCUCCCGAAUCCCAGCUGAUGAUUGACGAACUGACCUGCCAGGCGCUGCAAAUUUUCAACUCACGCCUGCAUCCAUCCGGGUUCAAACGAAGCCUGGAAGCCAGUUCGUGUUCCCUAGUUAACUUAUUCAAUAGAUGCUUGUCCAGUAUUGGAAAGGUAGAGCUAAUGACCAUAAUGCAACAACCUAUCCGAGAUAUUUCCGAGCUAGAACUUCGCUUCAAUACGGUACAAUGGUUGACUGACUCCAGCAGGAGCGAGAUUGUUGAAGAAAUGAGAAAUCUCAUCGUUAAUUUGAGCAAUGUUAAAGCACUUUACCGAAAAAUUAUGACUAAAACAGCAAAGAACUGCGAUUGGGCGUCGUUCAAAAAGAGUAUCUACUAUAGCUAUUUACUUUGCAAAAUGUGUGCAUCCGUAAGCGAUCAAACUGUUAUUGGGACUCCCAUUGAUAAGUUAUCGAGAUUCGUUCUGGAAUCAAACAACACUCUAAAGCAACUUCUUUUCACUUUGGAUGAAACUGUGGACUUAAAUGAUAAAGAUAACAAAUUCACAGUGAAGUACGGCGUCGAUCGAGAAUUGGACCGGAUGCGGGACAUCUUCGAUGAAACUAAAAGGACCAUUAUGGAUACCUCUCGUUUGGAUAUUGAAAAUCUUCCGAUCGAUUUGAGUAAUGUUUAUGUUACUUUCAUUGUUGGGUAUGGCUUUGUAUUCAGUACCAGCGCAACAGAAGAUCUGAGAGAUUCAACUGUUUUCGAGCGGUCUUCAAUGAAUCUUUUGGUGCAAUCGGACAACACAGUGUACUUCCAGAACGAUAGCUGCCGGGAACUCAACACUCGUUUUGGUAGUCUAUUGGCAGCUAUGCACGAUCGAGAACAGGCGAUGCUUAAAAAAUUGAUUCGUUUCAUCGAUCAUGUAAUUCCUGAGAUUUUCGAAAUCUUCAAUCUGGCUGCCAGGUUGGACGUACUGCUUGCGUUUGCCUCGGUUGCCGAAAGCCAACAAUACACCAGACCAACCGUAACCGAACAAAAAGUUCUUCAGAUUAAAGCUGGUCGGCAUCCACUGCUGGAGCAGUUCAAAACCUAUCGUCCUAAUGAUACUGAGAUCGGAGGAACAAACGAGAAUUUUGUGUUCAUUUUGGCAUCAAAAGAUCCCCUCGGGAAAACAAUUUACCUGAAAGAACUCGCACUGAUCUGCUACCUUGCACAUAUCGGUUCGUUUGUUCCAGCGCAAACAGCGACCAUUGGUUUGUUGGAUUCGAUCUACAGUCGGCUGGAUUACCCGGAAUCGGUUUUCAGUGGGAAGUCCUCGUUUAUGGGUGAACUGUAUCAAAUGUCUAACCUUCUACAGAACGCUACUUCCAGAUCGUUGGUACUGAUAGAUGAAUUUGGGAAAGGAACUACCUACUCCGAGGGAAAAUCGUUACUGAUUUCGAGUAUUGAAUACCUUCUGCAGAAAGGUAGCCAGGUUCCGCUCACAUUGGUGGCAACUCAAUUCACCUCCAUAUCGCACUACCUAGAUGAAAGUCAAUUUCUACGAAUAUUUUCGUCACAAACAGAAGAAUUCGAUGCUGCGGAACAGAGUAUUAAAUCCGAAUCCACUAACUCUGAUCGCUGUCAAGAACUCUUCACUGCCGGCAGCCAAACGAUGGUGUUCAGCUUGAUGAAGAAAUUCCUAAACGACGAGAUCAUCGAUCCACGAUUGGUUGUUCAGCUCUACAAAUCCAUGCCCAUCACGCAAGCUAUGUCAUGUUGAAGGUUAUGGGAAAAACAUUUCCCGUGUCCACUUCCAGUACUAAACCGUAAAUAUAAUUCUUGUGCUUUGCUCAA